AUGGCGGCCCUCCCAGACUUCACCGACACUAGCCGGUUCCCGACCUUUGCCACCAUCCCCGAGGCCGGCGGGGAGGCGCCCCCGCCGCCGGAGCCGUGGUACCUGCUGGCGCGCAUCAAGGACGACAUGACCAUCACCAAGCCCACGCUCGUGGCGCUGGACCGGGCCGGCUCCCCGUUCGCGCUCCUGUUCGAGGGCUUCGACCGCGACGGCAUCGACCUCAAGGGCCGGGGGCUCAAGAAGGGCGCGACCGUCGUGGUGCCCCGCGCCCUGCGCACGCCGCCGGCCACCGAGGGCAAGCGCGGCUUCGUCCGGGUCGACAAGCCCGACGCCAACUCGGUAAAGGCCAUCCCCGGCCCGCUCGAGAGGGUGCUGGAGCUGGGCUCGGGCUCGGGCUCGGCAGCGCCCGCCGCGGGGUGUUCGAGUUGUGGGGCGGAUGGGCAGGACGAGCAGGCUAAGCUGGCCAAGUGCACCGGCUGUGGGAGGGCGAGGUAUUGCGGCAAGGACUGCCAGGUUAAAGGGUGGAAUGAGGGCCACAAGGGCGACUGUAAAAUCUACAAGGCUCUAGAUUCCAUAUUCAGCCCGAGCGCCUGA